GUUGAACGACAUGCAGCGACAAUUAUUAUGUAUUGCAAAGCUUAAAGGAAAAGCGUUGCAGUGGCUGCAUGCAGAUCCGGUACGUGUGGUGAAGCCUAUAAACCAAGUUUUGGAUCAACUGAAGGAGGCGUUUGGUGGAAAACUUCCGAAAAUUGAGCUACGUCGGAAAUUUGCUGGACGAAUGUGGAUAUCGGACGAAAAUUUCAGCGUAUACUUUGAGGACAAGUGCAUGUUGGCUCGAGAUUUGGAUAUGGACGACGAUGAGUUAUUAGAUGGCAUCAUCGAGGGAAUACCACAUGAAAAUCUACGCAUCCAGGCAAAACUACAGUGCUUUGAUAAUCCGGCGAAGAUGCGGCGAGCAUUUGCAGAUGUUGCCCUACCUAGGCAGAGUGGUUUGCUGAUGAAGUCGGAAGCAGCGAAGGGCAGAGAUAUAAAAGAAAAUUCUCGUUGCUUCAAUUGCAACUCUAAGGGACAUUGGGCACGAGAUUGCAGUAAGCCAAAGAGGAAGCCGGGAUCUUGCUACGGAUGUGGUGACGAAGGGCAUUUAAUGGCGCAGUGCCCGAAGAGGAAGGUGAAGACGGAGGACAGCGGCGUAAACAAUUUUAAUGCCUCAUAGACUCGGGCAGCCCUGUUUCGUUUAUUAAACAAAAAUGUAUUCCAACAAAUAUUAAAUUACACAC